CUCACACACACAGCAAAAUUGUUUUGAGGGGCAGGAGCAAGGCUGAGAGGUGAACAAUUGGAUAAGGAGCUAGUGGAACUACCUGGGUUUGUUACUAACAGGUAAUAUGGGUUGGAGAUUCUGUGGGGCAUACCCUCCAACAUUUAUCCGAUGAAAACAGGGACGUCCCAUUCCAUAAUGAUAAUUUUACUAUUUAUACCCCACAAACCUUACUGGGCUGCCCCAGCCACUCUGGACAGCUUUCAGCAUAUAUAAAAACAUAAUGAAACAUUAAACUUUUUAAAAACUUCCUUAUACAGUCAAACCUAAGUUCCUGAACACCUCCGUUUUGUAACAUUUCGGCUCCCAAAUGUUGAAAACCCAGUUUUUGAAUGAAUUUGAAAGACUCCAGUUUUAAAAUGAAUUUUGGAAGCCAAACUGCUUCCGAGCUGUGUUUUGCAUUUUUUUCCCAUUGACUUUGCAGCCAGCUCAUUGAUCCUCGGUUUUUGAACUUUUCGGAAGCCUAACAGUCUUCCAGAACGGAUUAAGUUUGAAAACCGAGGUUCCAUUGUACAGGAUUGCCUUCAGACAGUUUGGGGGUCGGAUAACUCCAUGCCCUACCAAACAUUUCCCCAAUGAGAAUAGGGACAUCAUACCAUACCCUCCAGGGACGUGGGUGGUGCUGUGGAUUAAACCACAGAGCCUAGGGCUUGCCGAUCAGAAGGUCGGCGGUUUGAAUCCUUGCAACGGGGUGAGCUCCCAUUGCUCGGUCCCAGCUCCUGCCCACCUAGCAGUACGAAAGCACGUAAAAGUGCAAGUAGAUAAAUAGGUACCACUCCAGUGGGAAGGUAAACGACGUUUCCAUGCACUGCUCUGGUUCGCCAGAAGUGGCUUAGUCAUGCUGGCCACAUGACCUGGAAAAACGUGUUUGCGGACAAACGUCGGCUCCCUCCACCAAUAAAGCGAGAUGAGUGCUGCAACCCCAGAGUCGUCUGUGACUGGACCUAAUGGUCAGGGGUCCCUUUAUCUUUUACCAUACCCUCCAACAUUUCUCCAGUUAAAACAGGGACGUCCUAAGAAAAAGCGGGACCUUCUGGCAUCAAAUCAGAAACCGGGAUGGCUUCUUUUAAAUCAGGGAUGUCCCUGGGAAAUAGGGACACUUGGACAGUGAAAUUGGCAUGUUGUGAAUUUCGGGCAAAUGACCAUGUGAAGGACACUUGUAGAAGCGUGAGCUUUGUGGGUGCUGAAGCAGUCACACCAUUCCUUCAACACUGUAUGGAUCACAUAAUAAUAAUAAUAAUAAUAAUAAUAAUAAUAAUAAUAAUAAUAAUAAUUUAUUUAUUUAUUUAUUUAUUUAUUCCCCGCCCAUCUGGCUGGGCUUCCCCAGCCACUCUGGGCAGCUUCCAACAAAAUAUUAAAAUACAGUAAUCCAUCAAACAUUAAAGCCUUCCCUAAACAGGGCUGCCUUCAGAUGUCUUCUAAAAGUCUGGUAGUUGUUUUUUCCUUUGACAUCUGUUGGGAGGGUGUUCCACAGGGCAGGUGCCACUACUGAGAAGGCCCUCUGCCUGGUUUCCUGUAACUUGGCUUCUCGCAGUUAGGGAACCGCCAUAAGGCCCUCGGUGCUGGAUCUCAGUGUCUGGGCGGAACAAUGGGGGUGGAGACGCUCCUUCAGGUAUACUGGGCUGAGGCCGUUUAGGGCUUUAAAGGUCAGCACCAACACUUUGAAUUGUGUUCAGAAACGUACUGGGACUAUUUCCAUAAUAGUCCUUCAUUCAAACAUUUUAUUAUUGAUUGCAUUGCAUUUAUAUAUGCUUUUUCUGCCAAGGCACCAAGGUGGUUUACAUAAAUAAAUGUUAUAAAAUGUCAAGUUGGCCCGAAGAGGGACGAUUCCAGCUGGAGAAGGCCUCUCUCACUUUCUUCUUCCUUCCCAUGGGGCAGAUGGUGUCAGUUGAGCGCCUAUGAGCUUUAAGCAUUUGCUGUGAUGUAGAGUUGGGAAGGUUGCCACCAAAUACUUCAACCACCAAACAAGCAGGGCACUUUAUUUAUUGAUAGUGUACAACUAAACCUAGAAGAAAAAUGGCUGCCAUUCUGGGGUGCACUUCUCGUAUCCGGUUACACUGUGUUCCCCCUAUGCAAAACGAAGCAUCACUUCAGUUCCUACUCUACUCUAGAGCAGGCCUGGCUCACUUAGGAUCCAUCUAUUCAUUUACAAUAUAGGGUUGUGUUUUCAUUUUAAAAGUGGCACAGGACAUCCCUCACAGCAAUGGAGACAUGGGCAGAGCUUGCUACCACAACAGUACUCAGUUCCUAGUGGGGGCAUUUAGCCUCAUAUAUUUUAUCUCCUUCCUUUGUCAUUGUUUAGCCUUGGAUUAAGCAGCACAGCAGAGAAAUGAAAAGAUUUGGCAGCCUUUCCCUCACAGUAUGAGGUUUCGACUAAUAUCCUUAUCGGCUAAUCUAUGUCCCACUGAAGUCCAUAAAACGUUGAGCGUCUAUCACCGCAAAACACAGCCCUGGCCUAAUUCAGCAGGGAGCGGCAGUAAUAAUCAGCGGCCUAGAGAAAACUAUAAGCUUUCAAAUGGAAGGAAAAUGGAAGUUUAAUUUGUAAAAAGGAUCAAGCUAUUUUGCAGCACUUUGAGGGGUUAUUUCUUCCUUCUGGUGUAAGACUAAUGCCUUCCUCCUCACAAGUGGAAAUCCUGCUGAUCUAUAUAAUAAUUUUCCUCAAAGUGAGACACUCACUACAUAUCCUAGCAAUAAUUUUGCUAGAGAUGAGAUCACUUGUGUGUUUUUUCUGCUUCAUCUUUCCUGCAGCCCUUCUGCUUGCUUGCUCCCCAUAGGCAUCUUGUGUUAUGGGGGUGCUGGACAAGAUGGGUCAGUGACCUGACCCAGUGAGGUUUUCUUUGGUUCUUAAAUUAUUGGAGUUCUUUAUCUUCAAAACAGACUUGGACCAGAUAGGCCUUCAAAUAGAGGCUGGCUUCAGUUGGAAGACUGUCCCAGCCCUUCAGAUGGAGGCAUGUCCUAGGACAUGUUGCCAUCCCGUUGAAUUUAUCUGACCCCUUUUUAAAGCCAAAAACAACCCCCACACACAGACACAAAACAUUCUACCUCACUGGGAUCUUGUCAGACUCCACUACUUUUUAGACCGCAUGAUGCUUUGAUAUUCAUGGAAGGAGUCUGGAGUGCCAUGUGGGUUAACAACAUCACCAGUGAUUGCAGAGGAAUAAUUUGACCUUAACUGUAAUUGGCAGGGAUGUCUAAUUAAGGAUCCCUGAAAAGCGGGUGGUUUUGGAAUUUAAAUACCACUGGCUUCCUAGCCAGGUUUCUCUCUAAAGGUUUCUGAGGCGCAGCAGUUUCUACAGAUCUUUGCUGAAAUGAUUUAGGAAACAUUACUCAAAUUAUGGGGAGAAGGAAGCUGUCAUUUGUAACAUGGCCUGCAGUUUUGGGCUACGUAAACCUGAGCACAGGGAGACUUGCAUCAGCAUUAGCAGGGCUGUCUUCAGCAUAUGCAGGGCUGGGGUGCAAAGACCCACACACACCCCAGGUUGCCCAGUCCCAGGCAUGCAGGAGGGCAGAGCCGGCUGGCCACCUCAGCAUCUCACUGGCUUGGUCGCCCCCGAACUCGUAGCACAGAGCCGCCUGCAGCAGAAGAGCCUGCCAUGGCUCUCCGACCGACAAGCGGGCUCUUCUCCAGACUCAACUUGCAGGCUCUGGACUCUUGGCCUGGCGCCCCUGAGAUCUCGGCGCCUGAGUGCGCUGCACCCCUAGCGCCUAUGGGUAAGAUGGCCCUAAGCAUUAGGAGGAAUAGUUCAUACCUUCCAACCAGGGCUUUUUUCCGGCUGAAACUAAAGGGAACUCAGUUCCGUCACCUCUCAGGUGGGCGCCAUUACCAUUAUAAGAGAACAAGGGAGGCAGUUAUGGUGAGUUCCAGCAACUCUUUUUCUAUAAAAAUAGCACUGCCUCCAACAUAUCUCUGAUUAAAUAGGGAUGUCCUGCCAUACCCUCCAACAUUUAUCGCAUGAAAAUAGGGAUGUCCUAAGGAAAAGUGGGACGUUCUGGGAUCAAAUCAAAAACCGGGAAGGCUUCUGUAAAUCUGGGACUGUCCCUGGAAAAUAGGGACACUUGGAGGGUUUGAUCAUUUUUAAAAGCCAAACCAGUUGAAGAGAUAGAUUAGAUAAAUAGAUAGAUAGAUGAUAGAUGAUAGAUGAUAGAUGAUAGAUAGAUGAUAGAUAGAUAGAUGAUAGAUAGAUAGAUAGAUGAUAGAUAGAUAGAUAGAUAGAUAGAUAGAUAGAUAGAUGAUAGAUAGAUAGAUAGAUAGAUAGAUAGAUAGAUAGAUAGAUAGAUAGAUAGAUGAUAGAUAGAUAGAUGAUAGAUAGAUAGAUGAUAGAUAGAUAAUAAUGAUGAUAGAUAGAUAGAUAGAUAGAUAGAUAGAUAGAUAGAUAGAUGAUAGAUAGAUAGAUAGAUAGAUGAUAGAUAGAUAGAUAUAGAUGAUAGAUAGAUAGAUAGAUAGAUAGAUAGAUAGAUAGAUAGAUGAUAGAUGAUAGAUAGAUAGAUAGAUAGAUAGAUAGAUAGAUAGAUAUAGACAGACAGACAGAUAUCUCAAACACCUGUGAAUGUUUAGCAGAAACCUGUCAUAAGCAGACACAGUUGAAUGAAGCAGACAAAACCCCGAGAGAAUUCUGGUAAAAUUGUAUUAAAUAACAUAAGAGCCCACUGGAUUAAGCCCAUUAAUGGCCAUCUAUCUAGUCUAGCAUCCUGUUCUCACAGUGGUCAACGACAUGCCUGUGGGAAACCUGCCAUCAGGAUUCGAGCACAAGAGCCCUUUCCCUCUGUGGUUUCCAGCAACUGGCAUUCAAAAGUAUUGCUGCCUCCAGCUGGAAGCCAUUGGUAGCCUCAUUCUCCCCCAGUAAUUUUUCCAAUCCUCUUUUCAAGCCAUCUAGGGAGGGAGAAAAACUUCAUUUUGGUGGCUCUUUUCUCAGCCUUAUUUACUUAUCUAAUUGCCAUUUUGUGGUUCGCCUCAGGUUUUCCCAGACCACGUCCAGGAAACAGGCAAUAAAAUGUCAUCAACAACUUUGACACACAACACACACACACACACACACACACACACAAAACCUCAACAAUUUUGUCCUGAUUUUCACUUUGGGGGAUAUGGCAACCCUACUAAAUGUCCUGGGCUGGUCCUGAAUGGAUUACAUUCAAAAACCGAGGUACCACUGUAAUAGUUGCAAUAGUAAUAGACAGCAUAAAAAUAAUCAUAAUAACAGUCCCCACCCCUUUAACAGGCCAUAGAUUAUUUAAUGGCCGAAGUCAGCAUGUAUAGCCAUAUAUAAUAGGUCAACACCAGUACUUUGAAUUCAGCCCAGAAACUAAUUGGCUGCCCAUGGUGUUACAGGCUCAAACCAUCUUGUUCUGGUGAGUAAUCUGGCCAUGGAAUUUUGUGGUAUUCCAAUCUUUUAAGCCUUUUCUCUGUCCAAAUUCUCUUUCCCUCUUUCCUGGCCAGUGUUUGGACAGCAGAGACACAGUGCACGCUCCUCAACAUCUCCAUCACAGAAACCUUCAACUGCUCGUUCAGCUGUGGUCCGGACUGCUUGAAAACCUCUCAGUACCCGUGCUUGCAAGUGUACGUCAACGUAUCGUCUUCGGGGCAGAAGUGCUUGCUUUACCACACAGAAGAGACAAUGAAAAUUAAUUCUGAGGUAAGAACAAAUCCAAUUGCUCCUCCAUUUUCAGGGCAAAUGGACUCGAUAUUUGCUAAGCAGGGGAACUGGAGAACCUGUGGUCUUCCAAAUGUUGCUGGACUGCAAGGCCCAUUAAUCCUAAACAUUGACCAUACUGGCUUGAGGUGAUAGGAACUGGAGCCCUUCAACAUCUGGAGGGCCACAGGACCCCCAUCCCUGGUUUAUAUUGACUGACAACAUCUCUACGGGUUCCAGGCUGCAGUUUUUCCCAGCACUGCCAAGGGAUACCAGGGAUAGAGCCUGGGACCUCUGGCAUAUAGAACAUGUGCUCAGACGCCAAGCUACAGCCCUAUUUCCUUCCAUACUGAAAAGAGAACGAGCUUUACAAUGCAGAGAGUAUAUAUUUGUGUGUAGAACGCUGCCUGCCGAACGGCAAGUACAUCUGUACCAAUGCCACAUUACCUGCACAUCACAGCGCCAUUCUGUAAUGUGCCUCUCUCUCUCUCCAGAUGGCUGUUUGUCUGUCUUUGUGUAAAGCGGCACAGUAGGUCCCUUGACUCUGCAUGGAUGAUGUUCAGGCAAAUGUAUCUAUUCAUUAUCUAUACCCAGGCACUCAGAGAUGCAGCGGUCCUUGUUACAUAGAGAUUUAAUUGCCCGAGAUAGGGUGAAAUCAGAUACUAGAGCCCAGAUCCCAGUAAUUGCUGGCAGAUGUAUAAUUGCAAACGCCAGCAUAACAAACGUUGGGUUAACAGCCUGUUUUGUGAUGUUCCACUGGCACAGCAGGAGGUCCGCCCCACAGCAAGCACACACGGAGGCACUGCGAUGCUUCAGGCCUUUCUAGGCAAUUGUUUCGACCCGUUUUGCAAUGAGAACACAGCUGCUCUUCAGUCAUUGCAGCAGCUUCAGCAUCUACAGCCAGUGCAUGAAGCUCCCUGAGUGCAUUGGGCCAGUCACUGCCACUCCACCUGCCUUACAGGGUUGUUGUGAGAAUAAAAGAAGCGGGGAGGAAGAACCAGUGCUUUCCUUCAGCCAGAUCGCAUCAGAGUGCAGUUCUGGCAUCUCUCAAGUGGGUGCCAUUGUGGGCUGGUGCCCCACCGCCUGUUUUUUUCCUUUACAUUCUUCUGAAAAACUCAAAACGAACGUUUCAAGUCAAAAUGGAAGCCAACCAGCAUGUGCAAGUCUACACUUUUUUUUAGAUCUAUGACUCCACCUAGAUCCUAGCUGCUCCCAGCUGUGAUUGGUCAAGCUACAGGCUAUAUCUAUAUAUAUAGUGAUGGGAUAUAUAGAUGUUGAUAUUAUUAAAUUUUCUAAUUUACAUUUCAAAAUAUUCGUUUAAACUACCAUUGAUUAAAAUAUCAAUGAGUUCCCUUCUUCUCUUUCCAUGGUUCAUUUUGCAUACUAUACAUCCCUGCAUAUUUUACAUGAACUAAACCACUCAGGAAUCCAUUGUUACAUCCAUCAAAACUUAUUUACACUGUUGAAUUUACCUUAAUGCUACCAGCGUUUUUAAAUGAACACAAUUUUCACUCAUAUAUUCAGUAAACAUUUUCCAGUCUUCUUUAAAUGUACAUUCUUCUUGUUCUCUUAUUCUACAUGUUAAAUCUGCAAGCUGCACAUAUUAUUGUCAUUCUUCUUCAGUUGGGACCUCACUCAUUUUCCAUUUUUGGGCUAACAAAACACAGGCUGCCGUAGUAGCAUACAUAAAUAGUUUUUUUUGACACCUGGGAAUUUCCCUCUGAAUUAUCCCCAACAAAAAGGACUCUGGUUUUAUUUUGUUUUUUGAAAGGUACUUUUAAACAUUUUUUUUCAAUUCAUUGUAUAUCAUUUCCCAAUACCCUUUUACAAGUCCACCACAUAUGAUAAAACGUACCAACCUCAUUACAUCUCCAGCACUUAUCUGAUUCAGACUUAUACAUUUUAGCCAGUCUGUUCAGAAUUAAAUACCAUCUAUAAAUCAUUUUCAGGUAGUUCUCCUUCAAAGAAUAACAUGCUAUGAAUUUUAGGUCGCUGUUCCAAAGUUUUUCCCAGAGAAGCAGCGAUGGGCUUUUGGCUUUCCAACCAGGCCUUGUGCAUUGCACUUGUGCAAAUUUGCACAAGGGCCCUUCCAAGCUGCCCUAGCCACCUGCCUGAAUCUAACAGAAUGAGGGAGGGGGGUACAUUUAUUUGACCUGCACCAGAACCAGGGGCAGCCCCCAAACCAGCCAGUGAGGCACCUUGCCAUAGUUUUUAGCACCUCUGCGGGUGGUGAAUGCAGCUGUUAUCAAACCAGCAUCUUUUCAGAGCUGCCCCAAGUCGCCUGGCGACUUAUUAUAAGAGCUUCAUGGUAAGUUCCGGCACCUAUUUUUAUUGGGGGGGGGGGGAAGCACUGAAAAGAACGAAGUAUGCUUGGAUAUCCCAGGUAAAGGGUGGGAUAAAAAUGUAAUAAUUUUCCAUUUUUGGCUCAAACAGCAGUUCUUUCUCUAGUGCUCAAUACAGCGGUAUUUUAGCACUGGAUAAAAUGUGAUUAUUCCUUGUGUAGGGAAUUGAAAGGGGUAAACCCACCUUGGGGCCUGUGUGCUGUCAGGGGGAGCAUGCAGAACAAUGCCUGUCUACCAGCCAUUCCCACCCACCCGCUGCUGAAGCAGCAGUGGCAUUUUCUGGGACUUUGCACUCUGCACCGAGGGAGGCAGAGAAAACGCUUGCCGUUUUUCAUUCUUCAAAAUGCCCAUCGUUAUUCCAUUGUACAGACAGAAUGUAGAUCUUGGCCUGCAAAAAAAAGAAGAAGAAGAAAGGUGGUUCAAAGAGGGGACAUAUUUUUUUUAGAAGCCUCUGCUUGCCUGACACUCUUUCUAUCUCUUUCUAACCAAACCAGAGGUCUCAGUAUAGCCAAUAUUAAUCCACAGCAUUGCUCCAAUGGCGGGUGGCAGAAUCCAAAAUAAGACCUUUCUUUUUGUACCAACUAAAAUGGCACAAAAUAGUGAGCAAGCUUUUGCAUUGUGCUUCAAGCCCCAAAACCCAUCCCCCAUGGAAAUAAAGACACAGUGGAGACAGAAUUUAGUUUAAAUGUUAAUGGGCAAUUUUUGGCCACAACUUUAUUAAAAUACACAAAUGUGACUGCUAUUGGCUUAGACAUUGGUAUCAAACUAUACCUGGCUCCUGCCCCACCCUGCAGGAAGCCUGGAAGGGUAAACAACCAGCAGGGGGAGCUCCGUCAAUGUAUAUUGACUGGUGCUCACCCCUGGGGUUCCCAGGGGUCCUGGCAUGGCCCUAGCCCCUAUCCGGGAUUCGGACAAGAUCCAGACCCCCGGAUUCCUUUAAUGGAAUACCCUAUUCAUUGGAGGGGCAGGUGAUGGCUGCACCGCACCUCCCCACAUUCCCCUAAACCAAUGCCUAACCGCCUAACCUUACAAAGUUGUGACGAUUGCUAAGCGGUAGGCAAAAACCAAGUGGCCACAGCCAAUCUGCCACACUGGAAAAAAUUCCUACCCGGCCGCCAUUCCAAAACAGGCGACCAACCGAAGUCCAAAGCAAGGCCAAACACUACCUAAUUAACAGGUGGGCGGGCGGGUGUUCGGCAGCGCAAAGCAAAAGGAGGUCCCUACAUCACACUGACAAAUAAAUACCCCCAACCUUGCCACGCUGCUGAUUGGCUAAAGGCCAUUGGCAUAACUGUGGCACCACCAGCUUGGAGCAGGGCAAGCCCCGCCCACAAGCCGGUUAGGGAAGAGUUUCAGGGCCAAGCACAACAUGGACACUCUGUUAGGAGGAUCCAACUUACCCUUCUCUGGGCUAGAUGUUAAGAAAAACAGCUAAAGAGGCAGCCAGGGAGUGCAGAGGGGGAGGUUGGGCAUGAUGUAAAAACCCCAAACUCUGGAGUUUGCAACUAUUUAAAGACAAGAGUGCAAAAGGAUGUUAUGGCAGUUUAAUUAGCUGUGGUGGUGCUUGGUGCAGAAUAAGAUGUUCAGUUAUGCAAGGGUUACAGGGCUGGAUAAACAACAAUGGUAGUUAUCAUGUUUAGUUGUUGUUGUUGCUGCUGCUGUUUUAAAAACAUCUGUAUUUCACACUCACACAAACACCACGGGAGCAAUUGUUAGCAGAAAAACAGCUAGACGGGAAAUGGUUAAAUAGCAAUUAUGCCGUUCCUUCUGCCAAGCUUAUCACCUCCCAGUACCAGGCUCCUUUAAGGGCUUUUUAAUGUGUCAGAUAAAAGUUACCCAUGGCUGCCUGCAAUGUCUGGUUUGGCCCUUAGCUGCUAUGCUACAUUAGCUCUUGAAAUCUCAAAGAGUUUCUGCCUGUUUUUAUUCACACUUAAAUCCCCCCAGCUGCUGCUUCCUCUUAAUCUAAUGCAGGUACAGUUAAUGCUUGCUUGACUCAAGGCUGUUUUUACAGGUUAUGAUUGCCUCUCUAGGGCUUCUUCUCCUUUAUCGUUCCCCAUCCCGCCCUCUGACAUACCAUUGUGCAAACUGAAUCCCAAAUCAGUUUUGUUAAUGCAACAUCCCUUGAUGGUAAUGCUUGACUUCUUGACCUAGAAUGGAAUUUAAAAUACUCUUGCCGAGUCCUUCAGCAAAUCCGCUCUAGGCAGAGAUGUUCCGUGUUCAUCUCAGAAGCAAGACAAGCUCCGUACCCAAAGAAGUUCCUAGCAGCAAGCAGGACACAACCAUGUUGUUGUUGACUUCCAAUUUUUCUGGGCAUGGUUACUCAAACUCCAGGCCUGGUGUGCCCUUGAACCACUCUCCUCCACCCAUCGUGCAUGUAUCUUAAGUGGCUGAACUAGUAAGGCACAGAAAAGCUCAAGAUACACGUUGAUCUACCCACACUUAGUUGUUAUCUCUGAGAAACGUAGAAAAUAGCAGGAUAUAUUUAUACGAAUUCUUCAAACUUACACAACCCCUUAAAAAUUAGCUGAUGAAGGUGAGUACAUCGAAAUAAGGCCCUGUCCUGGCUUCUGAUCCAUAAUUGACUUCUAACUUCUGCUCAAUGAUUGAAACUAAGAUCUUCAUGUCAAAUCUGACUAUGGACUAACAUGAACUUAUCUCUACUCAUAAACUCUUAUCUCUAAUACUGUAAUGAAUUAUUGUGUUAUACAUAUCCUUAUGAGUUUGAGUUUGUAAUCUCUGUGUGAGUUUGUAAUCUCUAUUCGAGUUUGUAAUCCUUGUCAGAAUACAUACUUUUGAAUAGAUUAGUUUUUGUUACAACUGACUAUUGAUUUGCGAGUAGGGACCACUCCCACUAUUGAAACUUAUAUUGGCCAGAUUUCUUGGUGUGCUUUUUUCUUGAACUAGUAAGGCAGCAGGUAGGUAGAGCUAGAGACCAUGGCAGGUGGAGCCAACUAAUUUCCACUUUUGUCCCCAUCUUCCUCCCUGCUGAGUUCUGCAAAGGCAUAGGGAAGAGCCUGCUGUCUCAGGCCAAUGACCCACCUAGUCCAGCACCUUGUUCUCACAGUGGCCAACCAGGUGCCUGUGGGAAUCCAUCAAGCAAGACCCAAGAACACGAGUUCUCUUCCCUCCUGUGGCAUUCAGAAGCAUUACUGCUUCCGACCAUGAAGGCAGAGCGUAACCAUCCUGGCUAGUCACCAUUGAUUGCCUUUCCCUCCAUGAUUUUGUCCUCCAAUCCUCUUUUAAAGUCUUGGAAGUUGGCGAGCAUCACUGCAUGAGUUCCAAAUUGGGCGAAUCCUUUCUUUCAUCUGUCCUGAAUCUUCCAACAUUCGGCUUCAUUAGGCGUCCAUGUGUUCUAGUGUAAUGUGAGAGGAAUAAUAAUAAUAAUAAUAAUUCUCUAUCCACUUUCUCCAACACUGAAACGAAGGAGGAGGAAUGGACUAUGCAGAAUUAGAUAAAUUAACAGGAAGGAUUCGAAACCUGCGGGAUCAGAGAUUCUUAGAAGACUGGAGUAAAUAUAUGAACUGUUUGAAAAGGAAUUGUGAUGAACAGAUUACGCUAGUAGGAUUGCAAGAAGUUUUGUAAGGUGAAUUAUCUGAAAUAUUACAAGAAAGACUAUGAAAAGAAUUAUUAGUUAAGGACAAUUAAAUGCAACAUAGAAAUUAAGAAAUGCAGAAUAAGUGAUAAAGAACGGAAAAUCAUCAGAGGUGUUGACGGAAGUCUAAAACAUUGUAUAAGAUGAGAAGAUAUGUUGUAUGACUGUUGGAACGGAUAUGUUAAAAAAGCAAUAAAAGUGUGUGUGUGUGUGUGUGUGUGUGUGUGUGUGUGUAUAAACUAAGGAUGAGGAAGCAGAGACAUCACCUUGCCAACAAAGGUCCGUAUAGUUAAAGCUAUGGUUUUCCCAGUAGUGAUGUAUGGAAGUGAGAGCUGGACUAUAAAGAAGGCUGAUCGCCGAAGAAUUGAUGCUUUUGAAUUAUGGUGCUGGAGGAGACUCUUGAGAGUCCCAUGGACUGCAAAAAGAUCAAACCUAUCCAUUCUUAAGGAAAUCAGCCCUGAGUGCUCACUGGUGGGACAGAUCCUGAAGCUGAGGCUCCAAGACUUUGGCCACCUCAUGAGAAGAGAAGACUCCCUGGAAAAGACCCUGAUGUUGGGAAAGAUGGAGGGCACAAAGAGAAGGGGACGACAGAGGACGAGAUGGUUGGACAGUGUUCUCGAAGCUACCAGCAUGAGUCUGACCAAACUGCGGGAGGCAGUGGAAGACAGGAGUGCCUGGUGUGCUCUGGUCCAUGGGGUCACGAAGAGUCGGACACGACUAAACGACUAAACAACAAGGAUGAGGAAGCUAGCUAACAGGGCCACUCCCUGUUCUGGUCGUAAGUAAGAAGGCAGGCAGGUGGGGUCUGGCUGAGGGCAGCUUGAAUUUGGUGGGGCAGUGUCCCAUUUGCCCAAAUGGAUCAGCCUUCACUGACCUUAGGAGCACAGGAACCUGCCUUAUACUGAGUUCUAUCUCAGUAUUGUCCACACUGACUCGCAGUGGGUCUUCAAGGUUACAGUCAGAGUAUUUACAGCCCUAUCUGGAGAUGCCUAUCUAGGACCUUCUGCAUAGAAUCAUAGAAUUAUCAAGUUGGAUGAGACCCUGAGGAUCAUCUCUUCCAACCCCCUGCAGUGCAGGAAUAUGCAGAUAUGGAGGAGACAGGGAUCGAACCCGCAACCUUGGCAUUGUCAGCACCACGCUCUAACCAACUAAGCUAUUGCAUGCAAAGCAAAUGCUCUACCGUUGAAUUGCAGCCCUCCCCCCAGCCUUCACUAAGUGUGAUCAUGGUAUAAUCAUUGGUCUCUGGUCACGCCCUUUUAAUUUCUAAACAAAGAAUUGGAUCCUAGAUCAAUCGCACCAAAUGGUUAGUCUGGCUCCCUACUAAGUUACUUACCCUGCACUUUUAGGUCUCAGAAUGGACUUGAGAGGCAAAGUGGUGAUGCUCCCCAAUGAACAAAUGACUUUUAAUUGUUGUUUUCUUGCUGAUUCUCACUCCUUACCUGCCUCCAGAAGCCUGUUGUUAUUUAAUGAAAAUGAAGGACAGGCUGAUCAUGUUUAUUUAGACGCACUGCCAAACAGUGUGCAAACUUCAUCCAUCAUAAGCUUCCUAUGAAUCAUGCAUAAGGCUCAACUGCAAGAUCUUUUUACAAGAACUUUCGGAUGAAAUCUGAGGACUCAGGGAGAUGGUGGGCAGCAAAUGAUUUCCUGAAGCCAGAUGCUGGUCUCUGGCUGACGUUUUUCACUUCCACUACUGUGUAGUUUGAGGUUCUGGUAGUGGCAACACCAGAACCUAGUGGCUGCCAUUUUUCUCUCUGUCAGGAAACCAGGAGUGGGGAACCUGAGGCUCUCCAGAUAUUGUUGAAUACCAACUCCCAUCAGCCCCAACCAGCCUGGCCAAUGACCUGGGGUGGUGGGAGUCAUGUCCAGCAAUGCAGGUUCUCCACCACUGAUGUGAGAAGGAGGUUACUGCUCUGAUCAUCAUGCAACGUUGUUCUGAAGCCCACCAGAAUGAUGGAGAUGCUUCCUACUUUCAUUUUAGGCAGAAUCCCUGGAGAAAUAAAUGGCUUCCGCUAAUCUCUGGGAGGCCAUCACAAUACCGGUAAAGCACAGUAUUCAUGUUUUCCUGGUGUGGGUAGGUGUGACUGCAGUGUUGUUUCUUCCCAUGAUGCCAAGGAAUGUGAGAGACCCUGAACCACUUGGAAGUAUCCCAUGUUGCACCUCCUCUUAGCACCAGCAGUAACUCAUUUCCCCAAGUGUUAACACUUAGGGAUGUAAAAAGCCAUUGUUUUCCAUUCUGCGCCGCGUGCGUCAUAUACAGCACUGUUUCCAUUCCACUGCAAUUCAUCUUCCACUAAAAACUACAAUACAGUAGUACCUCAGGUUAAGUACUUAAUUCGUUCCGGAGGUCCGUACUUAACCUGAAACUGUUCUUAACCUGAGGCACCACUUUAGCUAAUGGGGCCUCCUGCUGCCGCCUCGUCACCGGAGCACGAUUUCUGUUCUCAUCCUGAAGCAAAGUUCUUAACCUGAAGCACUAUUUCUGGGUUAGCGGAGUCUGUAACCUGAAGCAUAUGUAACCUGAAGCAUAUGUAACCUGAGGUACCACUGUAUUCGUUUUUCUUUCUGCUGCAGCAAAAUUAUGUAACUUACAUUAUUUAUAUAAACUGCAUAAGGGAGUCGGGCACACUUCACGAGGGACGGCAUUCCACAAAUCAGAACCACCACUGAGAAGGCCCUGUCAUGAGUCAAGACCUGCUGACAAGGCCUCACCUGCCGAUCACAGAAUUUGAGAUGGUUGAUAUUGGUGAAGGCACUCUUUUAGGUACUUGGGUACCAAGCCAUUGAGGGCUCUGUAUGCCGGUACAUACAACUGGGUCUGGUAGCUCAAUGGCAGCCACUGCAGCUCUUUCAGAACCAGUGGCAUAUGGUCCCAUUGGGCUGCCCCACUUAGCCCGCCUAGCAAUGUUGUUGGUGACUUGUGGAAGUCUGUUGGUAGUUCACCACACCUCAACCAGGGUGAUGUAUCAGCAGACUAUGUGGAUCCCCGGCAGAGCCUUCCAGAGAUUUCCUGCUCCCAGCUGAACAGCUUCUUCCAGAGUCCCCAGUUAAGGGAGGAAACAGUUCAAAGCAACAAAGCAUUUAUUGUUUCCAUACAAAAGACUAAGGCAACUACUAUUAUCCACUAAAUACAGUUGUUCUGGAUUUUGAAGUAGAGAUACAUAUGUGCUGAGAGAUUCACUAACACUAUCGCCACGAUAGCUCACGCUAUUGUGUAAAAACCACGGACUCUCACAGAUUCAGAGUCAAACCCUGACAGCAAACAGGGCAGGAGGGCGUGCAACAGGACAGCAGAACAUGGACAAGACAUCAUACAAUGAAAGCAAUGCCCCAGAGACUAGGAUCCCCAUGUUUACAUGUAGGCCUAUUUCCUGAACCAAUGAGAGGGCGAAUGACUCAGCAAGUCAUACGCUCAACCUCGCAGGUGUUGCUAUGGUAACCCAGUGCACCUGACACCCUUAUCUCAGGACAUCCAGAUGUGGGGGCUCUGCUUCUCAAGACGUGAGCCCAAACACUGUGUAAUUUAACCCGAGUUUUACCUCUUUUUUCCCUACUAUAACAAGGUAAACAGAAACGGUGAGGUGCUCUUGCCAGUGGCAGGCAACAAUAGCUGAUGGUUACUUCCAGCUGUUUGGCUUGACGAGGUGCCAUCUGUUCCACAGGCUGGGAAUACAGCUGUGUGCGCCAAAGUAAUAAAAGCAGGAAUCCAGAGUCUGGGACUUAGCGUAGGUCCCUUGGGGUACCCGUUGUCACUUUCCUCCCACCUCCAAGCCAUCUCGGAAACGGUGAUAUUACUGACACUGCUGGGGAAAGAGUGAGACUUGUGUCCCAGAAGGUCUGCACUACCAAGCCUCAGAAGGUCAACACAAAACCUGCACAGCCUUUUCAGUUCAUUGAUUACACCAAUCCCAGAGGCAAGAGAAAGCACUUAGAUUUCCAGCAGAGACAGAACAGUAAGAAGAAUUCUGGGUGUCCUUUUCAUCUAUCCCUAUAUAUAUAUUUCUCCGAGUUUUGCAGCCCAGUACCCAGAUUCUGGUCUAGACUCCAGCUGUUUCAGCUGCUACGCUUUGCUUUUCUCUACUUUUGAUUGCUAAGGGCUCGGGGAGCUGAAAAAAAGAAGAUUGGAUUUGUUUUCUUUUCAAAUAAUCAAGCCAGUUUGUUGGAAUAUUUACUUUGUAAGUCACAAGCGAUGCCGAAGCAGGAAGUGUGAGUGUUGCUUCCUGUUUUCAUACUUCUGUAAUAUCCGAAAACGGAUCUUGUAAAUCUUCCCUAGGGGGGGAGUGAGAUGUGCCUCCAUGCACAAUUCUUGACUGAUUGGUCAAAGCUAAGUAAAUACGGAUCCAUUCUUUGAAGAAAACCAUAUUUGUAUUUUAAAUGCAUGGGUGUAUAUACAUAUUCACAAGCGUUUGGUUUGGCCCGGGAUGCAUACUGUCUCUUAUCUCAUUUGUCUUUCUCCCCCUCCGACAGUGCUCAUAUAUACCCAAGUGUGGCAAGAACUUUGAAGAGUCUCUGUCCCUCGUGAAUGUCGUCAUGGAGAACUUCAGAAAGUACCAGCACUUCUCCUGUUACUAUGACCCCGAAGGCAUUCAAAAGAAUGUAUUGCUAACCAAACUCUACAGCUCCAAUGUGCUGUUCCACUCCCUCUUUUGGCCAACUUGUAUGAUGAUAGGAGGGCUUGCUAUCGUUGCCAUGGUCAAGUUGACCCAGUAUCUGUCCCUCCUCUGUGAAAGGAUCCAAAGGAUCAACAGAUAGAAGCAGCCGGCUCGCUUCCGGGAUGGAUUGACAGCUGAAAUACUGUUGUUGUUUUUUUUCAUUCUUCACCAAAGAACCUUAAGUUUGUAACGUGUACGUCUGUUCUAAGUUCCUUAUAUUUUUUAUGAAGUAGAGCAAUAAUGAAAAAAGGCUGUUCUAUAUGCAAACGUGAUGCUGUUAUUAUGCAGGUGAUGGGAGAAGGAAUCGCCAUUUGCGUUGGCCGUCUACAUAAUCUUGGUUUACGCUGCAAAAUCGGUACUUCUUUCUUUUUUCUUUUCCCUUUUCUUCCUUUCUCCUUUCUUUUUCUACAGCCAAAAUAGGGCUCAGUGUGACCCAUUUGCCAAGCCUUGUCGAUGAAACGCAUCACCAUUUCGUUGCAAACCCAUUCUGGAGGGAUGUAUUACAUUGCUGCGUGUGUGUCCAUGCGAACCGUUUAAGUUCCACUUAAGGCUGCAAAGGGAGAAGGCGUGGGGAGUAGAAGGAAAUUUGGAGGGCGGUGAGAGAGGGUUGAUUUGUCUGGCUGAACUAAGAUGGAUUCAGAAAUGUGGUAUCUCCAGCUGCCUCCUAAACCAAGGUCAAAGGGCAGCCACACAUUAGCAGGAAGUCAGGUUGUGCAUCCUCUGCGCAUCCAGACCCUGACCCAGAUAACGCUAAUCAAACUUCACCACCGCUAAAAUCUUUAGGACAUUUUAGCCAUGGUUGAUUUUCUUGGGAUGUGAGCAGAACUUACUUUCUUCUGGAUUGCAGGGAGAGGGGGGACCCUCAAAGUUCUGGAUCAGAGCAAUUGUCUUCAUGUUGGCUUCAUGCUCAGGGUUAAGCUUUCCCUUCCAAUGUUUUAGACAUUUAUUUGCAAUAUCUUGGACUCACAGAUCAUUAUCUACCAAAGCUACAGCCAAAAGAGCAAACCCCACAAAUCGCAUUAAUCUACCAAACCCGUCGACUCCAUUCAUCUCCUGAGCCCUGUUGGCAGAGAUGGGACCAGAAAACACUUUCCGUACAAGUUUAUUCUCUGUAUUUUUUCCCCUUGUAUUUGCUACCAUAUCACUGUAAAGAAGAACUAAAACAAAAAACAAAAAUACAACCCAUAGUCAGCUAUUUUUUCAUUUUUUACUUCCAACUAUUUUAGAUUUUUUUACUGUAUAUUUAAAAGAAAAAGAAAAAAAAGAAUACUAGACAAGAGGACAAAAACAUAUAUUAAAACUAGUGGUGUAUUGUAAUACGAAUAUGUUAUAUUUUAUUAUUUCUUUUAUUAACUGAAAGUGAGAAGUGCCCUUCUUGUAUUUCGUAAUGUCCAAACCUGGAUAUGCUUGUCACUAAGAAGAGCAGCGUCAGGGGCGGGGGGAGUCUUAGAGGCCGUUCACAGUGGCAUUUCCACUCAGAUAAAACUUAGGUCACAUCUACACCAUAAACGUAAAGCUCUCUUAUACAACUUUAACAGUCAAGGAGAAUCCUGGGAACUGUUGUUUGUUAAGGGUGCUGAGAACUGUAGGUCUAUGAGGUCAGCGCCCAUAGCAGACUACAGCUCCCAUGAUUCUUUGCGGGAUUUGAAGUGGCAUGAGAAUGUGGUUGUGACCAUUCUUGCAAAACAUCCUUCAAUUUGAGAGGCUAGUAAAGAGAAUGGGUAGCAUAUAAUAUUAUUCCUAGAGAAGUGGGCUUUUUUAACCAGUACACAGAAAAAUAAAAAUUCAAGAGCAUAUUGGGCAGGGAGGGGAUGAAAUUCACACGAUUUACUGAAUUGCGGUAAGGCUGCAGAACCAGGAACAUGCAUAAAUCAUAGCUGCUUCCAGAUGACCUAUUUAUUGUGCAUUCUGAUUUUCUUGGAGGGGUUAGACGACAUUGUGUCAAGGCAAAUGGUACCCCCCGCUUUCUGCUGCAUUUUCCCAUCACUUUACUUAUCACAAAAAAUCUGAUGUUUGGGGGAAGCGCAAGAUCUCCAGACCAAGUUUGAUUACGCAACCUGAAUUUGCCAACAUACGAUUGAAUCCCACCCGAAAAGAGGGUCCGUCUGGAAGCACCCUAUGUACAUGCUCUGAGGUAUGCAUUACCACUAGGGAACACUAAGCGGCUGCCUAAGGAGACACUUUUCAAGUGGUAGUAGCAGGUCUUGUUUCUGUUGUUCCAAGCUCCGCUUCGGUACAAGCGCUUGAAAAGAAAAGGUGGUAGAUUUGGUGGUACAUAGAACCAGAGAAUAGUAACACAGCAGGCAAAAGAUCCAAGCCACCAUAUGAAGGUGGAGAGAGUGGUAGGUGGAGUGGGUCACAGUAAAGCAUGAGUAAAGCGUGAGUAAAAUGUGAGUAGGUGACAACUCAUCAGAUAUUGGGAGGAGUGGAAGUCACAAAAUGGAAGAGAAAAAAGAGGAAUAUCAGUCUGGGGCAGUUUUGAGAGUCAAUGUUGAAGCCCAAUAUGCCAUAGGGAUAAAUGGGAAAGGUGAGCAAGGCAAAACUUUCAAUGAAUUUUUCCACCCAUUCUCUGUGGGAUUACAAAUAGUAUUCCCAACUUUUGUUAGAUUAUACUCAAAAGACAAUCUUGUCAGGUUCAGGUCAUGGAACGCCUAAAAGGCAGAAUGUGAGGUAUUCACCAAUCAUCCCCUAAAAUUACCAUAGAACUUUUUUAAAGGAACUAUUUAUAUGUGUAUUGGAAGCAAAGGUUAACCUUUUUCUUUUUUUUUGCCAAAAGGAGAAAGCACAUUUUAUCUGUCCAGCUCGUCCAUUCUCCGCGUACUUCUCCCCCCUCCUCUGCCGCCUCUCCAAUAAUGUAACGCUGGGGGGAAACUUUAUGGUGUUACAAGACUCCAUGAACUGUUCAAGUGUCGUCUGAGCUGUACAAUUGAAGUCUGCAGCAGUGAAAUUAAUCUUUGAUCUUGUAAUCCAUAAUGCAGCUUUUUUUCUCAGGCAAAUAAAUUCCUGGGGCGUGUAAUCAGGACUUCAAAACUGUGUGAUUUGGUACAAAAAUUAUUCAAUUAAACCUUUGAGAUUUCAAUAUG